GGCUGAAGCUCUUUCUCUAGGAAGGGCACAAGCACUCUGCGCAGCCGGUGGGGGCGUAGGGCGCCUGGGGUCCGCCCCUUAGUUCCCUCCCUGACGCAGCCGUCUGCCGCCCGCCAGCCUGGGCUCCAGCACAUCUGGCGAUCCCACCACAUCUGGGCAGCCGGCGCUGGAGCAUGAACGGCUCUCAGGUGGGCGCUGCGGCUGGGGCCGCCUGGCUGAGCUCCUGCUGCAACCAGUCGGGGUCGCCGCCGGAGCCCCCCGAGGGGCCGCGCGCGGUGCAGGCGGUGGUGCUGGGCGUGCUGUCCCUGCUAGUGCUCUGUGGGGUCCUGUUCCUGGGCGGCGGCCUCCUCCUCCGCGCCCAGGGCCUGACAGCACUGCUGGUCCGCGAGCAGCGUGCGUCCCGCGAGCCCGAGCCCGGCAGUGCCCGCGGAGAGGACAGCGAUGACGAUGACCACUCCUAGGCGCCUGGCUGCGCUCGGAGGUCUUCCGUCCCCAUGCUGCCCCGGACUCUGUGCGGACGGCUGCUGCGGUUCCGACCCCUUUUCCGAAGCGGCGCCCCCCACACAGAUUCCUGAGCCCUGCGUCAUCUGCUGACCAGAGAGCCCACUCUCCUGCUGCCGCUCUGGGGAACCCAUGCCACCCUCAGCCCAUUCUUGGUGCAGAUGACAGACUGGGAGAUACCUGGCUUGUGGUGAGACCUCAACCUGGGAUCCUUGCACCCAGCCGCUGCCUCUGAACUGCUCUGCUGGACCGCAGGAAGUCCUCGGUGUGGGCCUGCACACUCCCAGCCUGCUUGGGGCCUGCUGCAUGUCCUGGGCACUGAAGUGGCCACACGUCCUGGAUGCCUGGUGCAGCACGUGCUGGCUGUGCCUUCUGCCUUCUGGCCUCUGAGGACAUGAGUGCACACCUGUCCUGUCUGGUGUGAGGCAGCAGUGGUCUGACAGUGACCCGCUCCUGCUCCGAGUCAGUGCCUCCCAUUUGCUGGCCUGCGGCGCCCCCGCCAUCCAGGAAUGCUGCAUCACUUUCUGUGGCCCCUUAUUAAAUAUGCUGGUAAUGCAA